UGCCGAGAGAAUUUAACAGGGGUUAUGACUGUCGGACAGGUCGGAAGCACUAAAGCCUGUAAAAUGCUUACUAUCUUUCGUGAUAACCCGUCUGCUUCACUCCUGGCAGCUUGUGGAGGAGUUUAUUUCGUCUACUACAUCUCUCGAAUUGUCAAGAAGCCGAUAAUAGCUUGCCAGGAUCAACGGCUUUUGAAGUUUUUGAAGAAUCAUUGCCCGGUUAUAGCUGAGAAGUACUGGCCAACAUGGUGGUGUUCAGAGUCCAGGCUUCAGACCAUCUUCCGUGCCAUCCUCCAGUCCUCACCCCCUCUCGCAUACAACAGUGAGAUCAUUGACACCCCCGAUGGAGGACAGAUCAAGCUGGACUGGGCUGAGAACACUGGGGACCAUCGCUAUGACGACAACCUCCGACCUACCGUCCUCAUUCUGCCUGGACUUACAGGAUGCAGCAAUGAACCAUAUAUCCUCCACAUGGUGCAUGAUGCCAUCGACCUUGGCUACAGGUGUGUUGUGUUCAAUAACAGAGGCAAUGGCGGCGCACAGCUACUGACCCCCCGGACGUACUGCGCCGCCGACACGGAGGACUUGGAGCUGGUGGUCAGCCAUAUCAAGGCCACACGGCCUGACGCCCCCGUCAUGGGGGUCGGGAUCUCGCUGGGCGGCAUGAUACUUUUCAACUACCUGGCCAAGCUGGGGAAGGAUGCCCGCCUGAUCGCCGGGAUGUGUGUGUCGGUCGCCUGGAACGUGUUCGAGUCCACACUGUCACUGGAGCAGCCUCUCAACUGUUUCCUGUUCAACAAGCGCCUCGCAAGACUCCUUACUGACACUGUCAAGAAGAACGUGAAGCUGUUUGAGAAACACUACGACAUGGAGCACGUCCUGAAGAGCAACACUAUCCGAGACUUUGACGAGCGCUUCACGGCCAAGGUGUUUGGGUUCAAGUCCGUGGAUGAUUACUACAAGCAAGCCUCCCUCCAUGACAAAGUCCACGCCCUCAAAGUUCCCGUCCUCUGUCUUAGCGCUGCUGAUGAUCCAUUUGCUCCUUUUCACACUAUUCCACUGAAGGAUGCUGAGAAAAAUGACAACAUUGCAAUCGUUGUUCCAUCCUGUGGUGGCCAUAUUGGAUUUCUAGAGGGCUGGUUCCCUCGCCACAAGACCUAUAUGUACCGCUGGUUCGCUCAGUUCGUGGAUGCUGUCUUCAAACACGGUGUAAAGAAUGAAUAGAUGCAGUCAGCAAGUAGAUGUUUGAAGAGAACACAGGUCAUUAAAACAAGGAAUUGGUAACACGGUGUCAAUAAAACGUACUUAUCUUUGUUAAACAUGUCUACCAUUUUUAGAUCAUGUUUUUCACUGAUUUGUUACAAUAAGGGACCUAUCCACAGGUAUUUAAUAAGAAACAAACUUACUGACAUUUCAUGGAUUUUUUUCACAUUGUAAUGUUAACAUGGUUAAGCAUUGAUAUCAUAUUUCCGAAGUCCAUAAACAAACAAAAAAUGUUUUGAAGGAGUACAUCUUGCAAUUUAAGAUUUUCAUUAAAUUGAAGAUGUUGACAGGACAUUACAAUAUAUGGCAGAGGUGAACCAGGUUUUUGCUAUUAGCAAUUCGCAGUCGUUUGAAACAAAAGUAAAAUACGGGCUCAGAACAAAUGCAGGUCACUUCACUUUCACUUGAUUUUAACGUUAAAAUGUGCUGCUGUGGUCACAGUGGCUGUUGAAGUCACGAAGGCUUGUCUUCUCUACUGCAGAAGACCUCCCUAGGGAGAAGUUAUAUGUCUUGUGUAGUCAGUCCCCUGCCACUGAAUGAGAGUUGACGAGAUAUUUCCCAUGAAUAACCAGUGUGAAACUGCGGGUAGUGGGCUACAACUCAUCCAGUCCCAUCAUCCCGAGGCAAGGAAGUUAACCCUUCAGUGUCCACCCUUGCCAAACUAGACUGGAAUUUCUGGGCUGGAUUGUAGCACCACCAAUGGCAGUUAUGUCCCUUUUAUGUCCCUCCUAUUGACCAAUCAGAUUCCACCUCUCAUAUCACUUGCAUUUGCUUCAAACAACAUGGAGGCGCCUAGUCAAGACAAUCUGAUUGAUUAUCAAAAUCUAUGUUGUAAUAUAACAGAUCUUACUUCACAAGUGCAUCAGAUCACAUGAGCUCCUUGAUUAAAGACAUGAAAGUAUUUGGGAAAAUAUCUGUUGACGCCGAGCUAGCGGUACAUAUGCUCUGAAAAUCCAGCCAUCAAUCGAAAUCUGAAAGGAAGUUUAUGAACCGGAUGUUGAUUUCAUUACACAAUUUUGAUUGGACUAAGCAUAGACUCAUUAUUCCUUCCAAAAUAUAACUCAUAAUUCCAGCCUAGUUUGGCAAGGGUGGAAACUGGACUUUUAAAGUUUACUCCCUUGCCUUGGGAAGAUGAUCCAAUCCUGGUCUCUACAUCUCAGAUAAUAUGACACCUUGUGUGCCCAAACUUCGGGGCAAGUCAGUAAUGGCUGACAGAUUGUCCAGGACUCACUUGCCCUGGGUCGGUUUGACACAGCAAUGGUAGCGCUAUGACUAUCAUAAGUGUUAACUAGGGGUGUUAUGAAAACAUGGGACUUUUCAUUAAUAACAACUUGUUUAUAGUUUGUGACAUUUCAGGGCUACUUCUUGUCUCUUCAUCAGACUACUGAGUAAACAUUUGUGAGUUAAAAUACAUGCUGAUCUGUUUACGAGGCAGGACUAAUGUACAAGAAUAACACUACAAUGAGACAACCAAUGGGAUUGAGAGACUCAAUUUAACAGCAGUGGGAAACAGAGUGAUUGGGCUGAGUGGGAUACAGGGUAACAAUAUGUAACAAUAUGUAACAAUAUGUAACAGUAUGAAACAAUAUGUAACAACUUAAUAAUCAAGGUGUAUUUGAGGGUUGAUAGUGUUCAGCACAGUUGAGUUAUAUGUUGGGUACCAUUAAGUGAGUGAGUUAACAUUUAACGUCGCAUCAGCAUUAUUUCAGCCACAUAGAGAUGAGAACAAGAUGAUAUAUACACAAGUGAGUCAUGAAUACAGAGUUAUAUUAAUAACAAAAAGUUUCAAAUAUAUUUGGGCAUAACUAUAUUACUUUUACAGUUUAAAACACGGGCUAGGGGCCGCCAGUAACCAAAGCUUGGCCACCUUUUUGGGGUUCAUGGUGCAUCAGCUUCCUGCACGAUACCCCAGCAGGAUUUACUUCAUCACUUUAGCUACUGAUGGUGGUGCUCAAUACUAGCCAAUAUUAAAAAAAUACUGAGCAGUGAGUUGGCUGAAAACAAUGGUUGAUGAUAGUUACAGUGAUUAUGAUAGGAAUUACGUGUCACACAGGGGACAAUUAUUUUUCGAUACUUUAACCUCCUGGACAGAGUCUUCAAUAAUGUCAGUUGAUAAUAGCAUCACACCAAAUUUAAAAACAAGCAAUUAAUUAUUCACGUACAUAUUUCAAAUUUGUGAUGCAGAAAGUAGCUUAAGAUGAGAUGCCCGCUUAACCAAGAAAAGACAUCUUUCAGAUUUAGGUACCAGUAAGUAGAUGCACUGGUCCAAGUUAAUAUCUGGCUUAAUUGUUUGGAUGUUUAUUAUGUCUUGGAGUAUUGUUAGUAUGACAGUCAUAGUGCUAACAUCACUUUGUGACAUAGGCCCCAGAAAGUCACUCAGAAUGAGUUGUCACCUACAGACACCUGCAAGUGUACUGCCAGGCUAUUGGUCGUUCAUUAGGACAGUCUCCACACAUGUUCCUGUUUCUCAGAGAGAUUAGUGUGGUGGUGAUUAUACAUCAAGUCCAAGUACUUGCACUCACUGGUUUUGAAUUGUUUUUGUAUGGUUUUUGUUUCAUGUAAUUUUAGUCCCACCAAGACGAUCUUUAAUUUGUGUGCAAUAAUCUAUUACUGAUCAUCCUCAUUCUAGAAUCGAAGCACCAUCUUCAGAAUGAAUGUUAAUGUUUCAUUUUGUUACUUUUUGAUCUUCAGAAAUAAUGCAGUAUUUCAAGCAUGUGUCAAGUUUAGUUCUUGUCACAUUUCUUCUAUCUUAAUGAUAUCUGUCUGGAACAGACUUGUACUAAUUGUCUCCUUUGCAGUUACUGCCAUAUGCGUAAACUCACCUCUGUGUCAACUCACCUCUGUGUCCAUAUGCAACACAUAUGUACUUUUUUUAGUUGUCCCACUAGGGCUGGACUUUUCACUUGUCAUCAUGUGAUAUUUAACCAAUAGAUACAUGACAUACCAAAACUUACCAUGAUGAGCAGUUGUAUGAUCCUGCCCGACUACUCACGGGUAAAUUUACUACCUGGGUACCCACCCCCCUAUUACCUGACCCUACCCGGGUACCCGCUGUAGGUCUCAAGAGAUAGGUCCAAAUGUCGGAUUGGGAAUAGUUUGACCGUAGCCUUGGCAAAAUG